GAUAUUGGAUUAAAUACGACUAGGGAGCAUUUUCCUUAUUAUCAGUAGUAAAUUGUUUACGCAAAAUGCGGUUAGCCCAUUGGCUCUCUUUUUUAGGGAAUCACAUUAAAAGCUUAUAUUCUUUUGAUUGUGUUUUCCUAUGGUGUCUCUCACACUUGUACGAGAGAGAGAGAGAGAGGCCAUUAACACAAUGGAGCCGACAGCACAUCUCCAACAUGUAUAAUAAUACCCCAUCUCUAGCAAACGCCUCUGCUGCCUGGCUGCCUUCCUCUUCAUCAGAACUCCAUUCAUCCUACCAUCCGGCUCAUGACCUCAUGAUAUGGAAACUUUUUCUCUUUUUCCAAAAGAGAAUCCAGCACGUUCUGGAACCCCCGUCGAAAUGAUUUUUCCACCCUACAGCACCGAUUACAUCUCUACUUGUGCAAUAGAAUCUUCAGAGGGCUUUUCGAGGCCUGUGGAAGGAGAGUCGCACCAUCAACGCGCCUCUUCUGAUAGUUUUCUGGUUGAGCAAUUAUCUUGGCUUGAUGAACUCCUGGAUGAGCCAGGCUCGCCUUUGUACAAAGGUCAUCAACGUUCAUCUAGUGACUCUGUUGCUUUCCUGGACACAGCGAGCAAGACAUUUAGGAAAGAGGAAACCAAGCUCAAAACUAGUGCUGCAGCUGGUGGGCCUACUUGGGAAUUUCACACCAUUAAUUAUCAUGAAAAUUCUUGGAAAACUAGCUUUCAUUCAGGUUCUACUCCUGACAAGGAAAAGAAUAAGUCCAGGGAAUCACCCCUGAUUUCUGUGACCAGCAGUUCCAGUGGAGUUGCUUCACAAGAACCAGCUGGAGUAGGUUUGCCAUCGAAACCUAUUGUUAAGCAAAAUCAAGAUGACUCAGAAGUUUCAUCUAACGUUAAUCAUAAUCCUUCUAAAUCAAAAACGGAUUCCAAACGUUCUAAGCAUCAAUUCGCUCAGCGUUCACGUUUGAGAAAACUUCAGUAUAUAGCUCAACUUGAAAGAAGUGUCCAAAUAUUAGAGGCUGAAGGAUCUCAAGUUUCAGCCAAUCUUGAAUAUCUAUACCGACAAAGUCUCAUACUCGGCAUGGAGAAUCAAGCCUUGAGGCAACGUUUGGAUAGUUUAUCACAGGAACAACUCUCAAAAUACCUGGAGCAGGAUAUGCUAGAGAAAGAAAUAGCAAGGCUUAAGUUUUUAUACCAUCAAAAACAGCAGCAACAGCAAUGGCCGCGACAGCAGAAGCAAAAGCAAAAUGAGCAACAGAAUUAUUCUACACACAAUCUAUCUAUAAGUAGAGGAGUGGAGUCACAGAUGACUAACCUAUAUAUAUGAUGAACGGGAGUUAGGCUCUGCAGAUGGAGGAUUGCCCCACGUUUAGAUGAUGGUAAAACAAAAGAAGUCAGAUAUGGAAUACAUCCUAUAUACAUGUAUUUGCAUUAUUUUUCGUGACUUGGGACCUCAUGGGGCCUUAAAACCAUUAGAGUCCUCUGUCCCACAGGCAUCGUCGGUCUUUCUUUCCUUACUAUGUUUGUCGGCCAUUCUAGGCAUAGCCAACCUCUUGGAAGAGAGGUCGUGUCAGAUAGUGGCUUAGGUAGUGUUGAUAUAUACAUUACCAAAUCAAUUCAAGCUUGUAGUUUCCAUUAACUAGUUUGCAAUGAAAGCAGUAUCUGAAGUGGAUUUGA